CCUAAAGCGCAGUCACUCCGUCAUUACCAUUACAUAAUAUAAACAUAACCUAUUAUUUGGCAUUAAUUAACAAAAAAAAAAUAAAACUAAGAUAGUAAAAAACUUACAAUUAUAAAGAAAUUUUGUUGAAAUCAAACCACACCGAACCGAUAUGUUAAUACCCAAAUACUUACGUUUAUCAAUCAAAACAACAGCCCUUCCCAACUUAUCAUACUCGACAAUUCGGACAUUUAUCACAAAAUCAAAAGAAGAAACCGUUUGCAAGAAAGCUGUCGAUGAAGCCGAAAAAGUAGUCGGCUAUCCCACGUCCUUCUUGAGUCUGAGGUGGUUGCUUAAUGAUGAAGUUGCAAAUGUGGCCAAUCACAUAAGGAAACUGAUUGGAACUGACCAUCCAUUACUGGCAACAGCAAGAAAUUUAAUAUUAGGAGGUCAAACACCAUCAUGGGGUCUAAUAGUCUUAUUAAUGUCAAAAGCCGGAGGACUCGGUAAAGAUUUUUCAGAUAUGGAUAAGGAUGUCACUGCAGGAAUUUUACAUAGCCAAAGAGUACUUGCCGAAGUUACAGAAAUGGUCAGAACCAGCAACAUAUUGCACAAUAGCAUAUUAAAUAUUUACACGAAGGACUUACAAGAGUUCUCAGAUCUAAACUUUGGAAACACCCUCAGUUUAUUAACUGGGGACUAUUUACUCAGUAAUAGCUUCAAAGAAUUAGCAGGCCUGAGGAACCAAGAAGUUAACGAAUUAGUCUCUAUGUCUCUAAGAGAUAUGGUGGAAGCUGAAUUUAUUGAACCUAGAGAUAGGCAAGGCAGACCCUUACCUGCCAAACCAUUAGAAGUUAAAAAUGAAGUUGACAUUCCAUGUGAAUAUGGAUCGGCCCCUUUUAAGAUCAAAGAAGUCCUUGGCAAUGCAAAAGCUGAGUGGACUUUAAGAAACUUACUCAGCAGUGGAAGCUUAUUAGCGAAAAGUUGUCAAGCAGCCUUAAAACUAGCAAAUCACCCAGAAGAUUUCCAAAAGUUGGGAUAUUUGUUUGGAAGAAAUACUGCACUAGCUUGGCAAGCCCAUUACGAGUUACAGCAUUUUUACCAACAAAAAGCUGGUCCAUUCAGUCUAGUAUCAGCCCCUGUAAUGUUCCACUUGCAACACGAUCCUAGCUUUUAUGAGGAAAUCCUAAAGGGUUCUAAAAAUGUAAUGGAUUGUGACUUCAUAAAAAUUCAAAAAGUAGUAAGAAACGGCCCUGGAAUUCAAAUGACUGAAGAUAUGAAGCAGGAAUUCGUUGAGAAGUGUAUAGAUGUGUUGGAUAAUUUUAGGAAUACUGACGCCAAAGUAGCUUUGACCAAUAUUUUGAGGAUUAUGUAAAAAUUGUUUGGUGGGGUGAUCAAAGAAACCAAAGAGCAACGGCAUUUGGAUAAAUGCGUUGGAUUCGUUUGUUCCUAAGCCAGUAUAGGAUAAAUCAAACUGUGAUGUGUCUUUAUAAAUAAAAGUUUCAAAGGUG